AUGGACUUUACUACCACUGACAGUAUGCAGCAGCAGCAGCAAGCAGAGUUCCAGGUUCCAGCUGAACAAAGUCCCCGGCAUGGUCAUCAUGAGCAGGAUCAGCACCAAGGAAUGGAGUCCACGGAACUGACCAUCUGCUACGAAACACUGAGUGUCAAAGAUGCCGACGAGAGAGCCGAUGGUCGCGUGGAGCAGAGAGGAGAAUCCCAGGCUCGUAACGACAUGGCCGUUCCUGUUUCUGCUCUGGAAGCGGCCGUAGAGAAAGGUAAGACUGUGCUCAGCGAACUCCUGGGGGUUCUCAACCAGUCCCAUGUCUCGACUGGAGAUACGGACUGGCGGGACGCUAUCAGUGAACUGCUUGAAUCUGCUAGAAAACCGAAAGCGGUGAUUGGGGUGCUCGGGGCCACGGGCGCAGGCAAAUCGUCCCUUAUCAAUGCGAUCAUUGAUGAGGAGGGAAUGCUAGCGACGAACUGUAUGCGUGCGGCCACGGCGGUUGCCACCGAGGUCGCUUAUAAUGAUGGCCCUCGGCGAUACAAAGCUGAAGUCCAGUUUAUCCUGCCUGAGGAGUGGAAAAGAGAGCUGGAGAUCUCGUGCCAUGAGAUGCUGGACGAGAAUCCGGAUAUAAACGCCAUCAAGAGUACCAGGGAGAAGAUCAAGGCUGUGUAUCCCGAACUGGAUAACGUGAAUCUCACAGGUACCACGAUGGAAAGGCUGCUUGGCCAUCCGCGCAUUGCGAACCUGCUGGGAUCCUCGCUCUUGAUCGAGGAUGACGACCCUCGGGUCUUUGGAGACAAGCUCAAGCCCUACAUUGACAGCAAGAGCGGAACAGCUCGAGAUGACGCAGGUCUCUGGCCGCUUAUCAAGACAGUCCGUCUGUACGUCAAAGCCCAGGCGCUAGCAACCGGCGCGUUCCUGGUGGAUCUUCCUGGCCUGUAUGACUCCAACGCUGCUCGUGUCGCUGUCGCAGACGACUAUCUGAAGCGCUAUGCGGCCCACUGGAUCGUGGCGCCCAUCAACAGAGCCGUGGAUGAUAAAAUCGCCCAGUCGUUGGUCAGCAAGCAUCUCAAGUCGCACAUGAUCUUUCAUUGCAUAUGCGAUAGUUUAACUUUCAUCUGCACGAAGACCGAUGAUAUUUCUGUCACUGAAGUCCAAAUGUGUCUGGGGCUCCAAAGCCCGUCAUUUGAACGAGAGGAAAGAGAGAAGCAUGAAUUGUCGACCGAGGUUCAAAUGCUCGACGAGGAAAAGGCGAGAGUCGAGGGUCAAGCUUCCGCGUGUGCAGCAGUCACGCCUGAGAGUUCUGAAGCCGCUCAAACUUCAACCCUAGCCUCAAAAGAGGAGAUCCUUCGUGAACACAAGGCCCGAAAAUCGGUACUUCGCAAACGACGCAACUCUCUCAUUCAACAGAGAAAGGUCAAGGGAGAACAGUUGGAGAGACUCACAGCUGAUCUGGUCCAGAAACACGUGAACAAUAUCCAAACUUCCAUCCGGGAACGCAACAAUUAUUCCAAGAAAGAGAUCACCAGGCACUUUCAGCACUUAAAUCGCGAAAACGACAACCGGAUCCUGAAUGGCAAGAUUGAACUCGAGGGGGAGCUUCCUGUUUUUUGUGUCUCAACCAAGGCAUAUCAGAAGCUCCAAGGUCGGCUUCAGAAGAACGAGCCUGGAGUGGCCGGGUUCACCGAGGCGGGACAAACUGAGAUACCCCAGUUGCAAGCUCACUGUAUCCGUUUGACGGAAGGUCCACGAAAGGCGUCAAGUAAGCUCUUCCUAAUCGAGUUGAAGAAAUUAUUGCAGUCAAUGUUGCUUUGGUCCUCGGCGACCCGUUCAGCUCAUGUCCUGUCGGAUGCAAAGAAGCAGGAGAUGGAGGGAAUGCAAGAAUUGCAAGAUCAACUCUUUGCUAGCCUGCGCGGAACUUUUGCAGGAAACAUAUUGCAGAAUUGGCAUGGCAGUCAGGGAUUCCGGGAAGUAGUCGCGGAUUGGAAUGAAGAUGUGCAUUGGAGCACCUACCGAGCGAUAUGCCGUCGCAGCGGGGUCUGGAAAGGCUAUAAUUGGAACAUCGAGGUGGCCUACCCCAUGCUGGAAUAUAUCCGCUCCUACUGGAUCAGGACGUUCAACGAAGAGAUCCAAUUGCAUUUCCAGAUCUUUUCCCAGGAUACCGGAACAUGCCUUGACAUCUUCCACAAGGACAUAGUCUCAUCUGCAGAUGAGAGUAUCGCGCAACAGAACAAUACAGAGCUGCAGAAAACCCUAGGCACGGCCGUCAACUUUUUGAGACACCACGUCAAAGAGACCGAGGAGUCCCUCAGGAUCCAACAGAAGACUGCGAACCGGUUGUUCGUCGAAGUGAUUGCAGCAGAGCUUGAAGGAACAUUUUGGCGGUGCGCAAACGAGGCCGGGACUGGGAUGCUCAAGCGGAUGCAAGCUCUCAUGAAACGUGAAGCCAAAGUGAAUGGGGCACAAAUCCUAGAAAAGAGUGCCCAACGAGUGUCUGAAGAGCUAUCCAACAUAUUGAAACAGACCGAGGGCAAAAUCACACGUAUGGUCCGCGCAACCGUGGGAGAGCUGGCGCGCGAUUACCACACAGCGAUUAUUGCAUCACAGAUCUCCGAGCAAGAGUUGCAACUGAAAAUAGAAAUGGCUCAAGCCAUUCGCAAAGCAGAGCAGCAUCUCAUAUUGGACCAACUUAAUCUCAAUGUUGAGGAUGGUCCGGCAGCAACUCUGAACGACUCUCCGGCGGCGGUGGAGACGGGACCAUAA